AUGGCAACACCAGAAGUUCACCACGCGACUUUGAAUGCUACUUUUAAGGGUAUUCAGCGAGAUGGGCAAGUCCCCGUUCAUCAAUUUUUGGGAAUCAAAUAUGCGAGUGUUCCUGCGCGAUUUGAGAAGUCUGAACCAGUGAACGACUUUGCGGGGGCUGUUGUCGAUGCGACUAAAUAUGGCCCGAGAUGUCCUCAGAUGGAAGUAGAUGUCCGUCAUCUGCUUCGAAUCCCUGCGGAUUUCGAAAUAGCCCCAGAGCCGGAGGAUGAAUUCGAGUGUUUGAAUCUUGAGAUCACUUGUCCUCCACUGUCUUCCAUUAAGGAGCCACUCCCAGUUCUGGUCUGGAUUCAUGGUGGCUCGCAAAUUGUCACUUUUUGCUCUGCUGCAUCGAAGAUUUGCGAUCCCGCCAAGCUCGUGUCGGACUCUAUUGAAGCUGGAAAGCCCAUUGUCUUUGUUUCGAUUAAUUAUCGUCUUAAUAUUUUCAGCUUCGGAGAUGGCAAGGAGAAAAAUCUUGCUCUUAAGGAUCAGCGAGUCGGUAUUGAGUGGGUUCGCAAGAAUAUUUCAUCCUUCGGUGGUGAUCCUAAAAACAUCACUCUGGCUGGUGAGAGCGCCGGGGCCGUCUACGCCCAUGCGCAUCUUAUCACAGGUCCUCCCGUCAAAAGGGCUAUAUUGGCAUCGGGUACCCUUCAUCUAUCGUCCCCAUUGCCCGUGGAGCGAGGUGAUGGGUUGAUCAAGACAUUGGAAGCAACGGUGCAAGAGCUUGGGCAGCCCUCGCUACGGGAGUCUUCCGUCCCAGUGUUGAUUCAGGCUCUGAAAGACUGCAAGGUGAAUACCAUGUGGAUUCAAGAAGAGCCCGAGUUGGCAAACUGGGAGAGUAGGCCUGAGCAGGUGGAGGAGGCUAUGAUUGGUGAUACUGAAUAUGAGUCCGUCAUCUGGCGCAACGGCAUUGAGGCACUGGACGGCGAAACCAUAGCAGCUGCUUUCGAAGGCGAUAAGGAAUGGGGUAGCAAGCUCCGCAAGAUGUACCAUGUGGUUUCCGAUAGACCCACAGCCGCAAAGCUUGGGGCAUUGGAUUUCGUCAACGAUGCACGUUACGCACUCCCAGUUGAAAUCGUCGCGAACAAGCUAGCCGCCGCCAACAAGCGUGUCUACAAGUACGUUGUUGACCAACCGAACCCCUGGCAGCCAUCUAGCCGCUCCCACCAUGCAGUUGAUCUGUUGUUCCUUUUUGAAGGACUGGAUCUCUCAUUCAAUCCUGCUGCACAGGCGGUUGGAAAAGAGAUGCGACAGCGCUGGAUCCAGUUUGUCUCAGGGAACGCGCCUUGGUCUGCAGAUAGCCGAUUUGCAUUCGGCCCCUUAGGUGAAUCCAAGGAAAUUAACGAGGCGCAAUUCGCUGCGCGACGAAGAGUCGAGCCUUGCAAAGUGCUCGGAGAAGCAGGAAGUGGAGUCUACCUCCCAAUUCUAGGUGCCCUCACCGCAGGACGCAUCAGCCUCCUCAACUAA